AUGAAAGAGAAGUCCAAAAAUGCUGCCCGGACUAGACGGGAGAAAGAAAACAGUGAAUUUUAUGAACUCGCUAAAUUACUACCCCUGCCCUCCGCUAUCACCUCUCAGCUGGACAAAGCAUCCAUAAUCAGACUCACUACCAGCUAUUUAAAAAUGAGAGUGGUUUUUCCGGAAGGACUUGGAGAAGCCUGGGGCCACUCCAGUCGAACCAGCCCACUGGAUAAUGUUGGACGGGAAUUGGGAUCCCACCUUUUGCAGACUUUGGACGGUUUCAUAUUUGUUGUGGCUCCGGAUGGCAAGAUCAUGUACAUCUCGGAGACUGCCUCGGUGCACCUGGGCUUGUCGCAGGUAGAGCUGACCGGCAACAGCAUUUACGAGUACAUCCACCCCGCCGACCAUGACGAGAUGACGGCGGUGCUGACGGCACACCAGCCUUACCACUCGCACUUCGUGCAGGAGUACGAGAUCGAGAGAUCCUUUUUCCUGAGGAUGAAGUGCGUCCUGGCCAAGAGGAACGCGGGCCUCACCUGCGGUGGCUACAAGGUGAUUCACUGCAGCGGGUACCUGAAGAUCCGCCAGUACAGCCUGGACAUGUCCCCCUUCGACGGCUGCUACCAAAACGUUGGCUUGGUCGCUGUGGGCCACUCGCUGCCGCCCAGCGCCGUGACGGAGAUCAAGCUCCACAGCAAUAUGUUCAUGUUUCGGGCCAGCCUAGACAUGAAGCUCAUAUUCUUAGAUUCCAGGGUAGCUGAGCUAACAGGUUACGAGCCCCAGGAUCUGAUAGAGAAGACCCUUUACCACCAUGUCCAUGGCUGUGACACCUUUCACCUGCGUUGUGCGCAUCACUUGUUGCUGGUGAAGGGCCAAGUGACCACCAAGUACUACCGCUUCCUGGCCAAGCACGGCGGCUGGGUGUGGGUGCAGAGCUACGCCACCAUCGUGCACAACAGCCGCUCCUCCCGCCCGCACUGCAUCGUCAGCGUUAACUACGUGCUCACGGACACAGAAUAUAAAGGACUACAGCUGUCCCUGGAUCAGGUCACUGCUACCAAGCCGGCGUUCUCAUACGCAAAUUCAGCUCCGACCAUUACGGACAAUAGAAAGGGAAGCAAAUCUCGCCUCUCAAGCACAAAGUCAAAAUCCAGGACAUCACCGUACCCACAGUAUUCCGGGUUUCACACGGAGAGAUCCGAGUCUGACCACGAGAGCCAGUGGGGUGGGAGCCCCCUGACCGACACGGCCUCCCCACAGCUCCUGGAGCCCGCGGACAGAGCGAGCUCCCAGCACCACGACGUCUCCUGUGCCUACAGACAGUACUCAGACCGCAGCGCGCUCUGCUACGGUUUUGCCCUGGACCACUCCAGGCUGGCUGAUGACAGGCAUUUCCACAGCCAGGCCUGUGAGGGAGGCAGAUGCGAAGCUGGCCGGUAUUUCCUUGGCACGCCGCAGCCGGGAAGGGAGAGCUGGUGGGGCUCUCGCUCAGCCUUGCCUCUGACUAAGUCGUCCCCCGAGAGCAGAGAAGCGUAUGAGAACAGUAUGCCCCACAUCACGUCAGUGCACAGGAUUCAUGGAAGAGGACACUGGGAUGAGGACAGUGUUGUUAGCUCGCCCGAUCCUGGCUCUGCCAGCGAGUCAGGCGACCGAUACCGUACUGAGCAGUACCAGAACAGUCCGCAUGAGCCUAGCAAAAUUGAAACUCUCAUUAGAGCCACCCAGCAAAUGAUUAAAGAAGAAGAAAGCAGGCUACAGCUGCGGAAAACCACUCCUGACCCACUGGUGUCCAUUAAUGGCACAGGGAAGAAGCACGCUAUCUGUUUUGCAAGCUACCCUCAGCAGCAGCUGGCGGCGGACGUCUGCCGCGUGCCAACAGUUGCCAACACUCCUCCCUGUGAACACAUCCAGCAGCGGGAUGGGAAGAUCAUGAGCCCACAUGAAAAUGACUACGACAACAGCCCCACAGCACUGUCCAGGAUAAGCAGCCCCAGUUCUGACCGAAUAUCAAAAUCUAGUUUGGUACUUGCUAAGGACUACCUGCAUUCAGACAUGUCUCCUCAACAAACCCAAGGAGAUCACCCAGCAGCCUCUCCAAAUUAUUACAGCUCCCACAGGCAGUACUUUGAUAAGCAUGCUUACACACUAACUGGAUAUGCCCUGGAGCAUCUAUAUGACACUGAAACAAUUAGAAACUAUUCACUAGGCUGUAAUGGAUCUCACUUUGAUGUGACUUCUCACUUAAGGAUGCAGCAAGAUCCAGCACAAGGACACAAGGGAACAUCUGUUAUAAUAACCAAUGGAAGCUGA